ACUGUAAUCACCAACAAAAAGAAAAAAAAAUAAGUAUCAGACCCUUUCCAUUUCUCUGAUGCCAUCUAAAUAUAUCCCAACAUCCUUUGUUCCUGUUAGAAUUUCCUUUUCUUUGGCGGCGGCCAAGGGGCAACGGCGAGGAGUAGCUGCGAGCCUGCUAGGGCUGACGGCUAGAUCCAGGGACGGCGCAGAGAAGAAGAAGAAGAGGCAGGGGAGGGCUUGAUAACUUACGGGAAGAACGAAAAAUCAUACUAUAAGAUUCAAAUUGGGAUGGAGAAGCCAGGAUCAGGAAAAACGGAGUUCGCGGUUGAUAAUGAAUUACCAUUCAUAUAUACAUGUUGUCUGUAUCCGAGCGAUUACGGAUUCGAAAAAGAAGCAAUGAUUCAAUUGUGGGUAGCUCAAGGCCUCUUUCCAUUUUCAAACAGAGAGGCUGAGGUCGAAGCUGCCAAAAUGUUUGCUUCUCUAAGUUCCCGUCAGUUUAUUGUCCCCAGCCCUCGUCACUUUAAUUAUGAAGCUAAUCCCUCCAAGAUCAGGUUCCCAUAUGAUACGACACAUGAAUACACAACCGUGUUGGAUAGUGGACAACCAGACAUGAUGGAUGAUGUACCUCAAACUAGUGUUAAGCACUUGUGCAUCGACAAUAAAAGCAGUCGACAAUUGAAUUUCAACUCAGCCUCAUUGAAAAGGUUUCCACAAUUGCAAACGCUUCUUUUCCUCUCUGCUGCACCUAGUUUACCUCUUGAAAGGCUCCUGCGUGAUGCCUUCUUCAGUCUCACCCACUUGGAAUCGUUGAUCCUUCGCACUAGUCAUAUAUCCGAGCUUCCUUUAUCCGUCCUUAAUUUGAAAUCGCUUCGAUAUCUUGAUCUCUCAUACACUUGCAUUCGAGAAUUGCCUCAAGCAAUCGUUAGCCUUGGGGAUCUUUCAAACUAUAAGGCUUAAAAGUUGUUCCAGCCUAAGACGUUUGCCUGAUGGCAUUGGGAAGCUCACCAAGUUGAGGCAUCUUGUUCUCGACAUUAUCAAGCAAUUGCAAUAUAUUCCUCCUGGAAUUGGUAACUUGACUGCUCUUCAGACUAUGUCCGCAUUUAUUGUUGGCAAUAACAACAAUGGGUGUCAGAUUGUGGAGCUUAAGAAUAUGACGAAUCUUACUGGCGAGCUUUGGAUCGUAAGUAUGGAGAAUGUCUCUCAUUGGGAGGAAGCAAGGGAUGCCAAUUUGAAGAGCAAGGAGUUUCUACGGAGCCUAUCAUUAAGAUGGAGUAUCGUAGCAGCACUAAGCAAUGAUGAUGCCACUAAACGACAAGAGCAAAUCCUUGAGUACCUACAACCCCCUUUGGGCAUUGAAGAGUUGAGAAUAUUGAGUUAUGGUGGUUUGAAGCUCCCAAGUUGGAUUGCUCACCCAUCUUAUCAGCAUCUAACACUCAUUGCGCUUCGUUGUUGUCUGAAUUGUUGUGAAUCCCUUACUCCUUUUGGUAAAUUGCCACGUCUCAAAUGUUUGUGUAUCAGCGGUAUGCAUCAACUCCAAAGAAUAGAUAAUAAGCAAUUGUGUGGUAGAGAUGGAGAUGAUAUGCCGACCUUUCCUUGUUUAAAGGAGCUGUCAUUGUAUGAAAUGCCGGCAUUGCAAGAGUGGGUAGGAGCACAAAAGGGGGACUUCCCAUGCUUAGAAAAGUUGGAGGUUGGAUUAUGCCCAAACUGGUUUCACUCCCAGUGCUUUCACACCUCUAUUCCCUUAAGGAAUUAAUAUUCUACUCUUGUCCAAAUAUAUCAUCUCUUCCUCGCAAUGGACAAUUUGCUACUACUCUUGAAUGUCUUGUAAUUACACACUGCCCUAAAUUAAAGAAAAUCUACGACCAAGUGAGAGGGAAGGAUUGGAGAAAGAUAGCUCAUGUUCGCUACAUAAGUAUUGAAUGAUCAAAGAGUGAGAAUGGAUUUCAUCAGUUACUGGUUGAGGAAUGUGCUUCAAAUAUUUGCUCUAUGCUGCCUGAGUGAACUAAGUUGAACACCUUUUGGACGUGAUCCUCUGCUACUUUUUUUUUUGGUCACUGCUUUUGGAGCUGAUCAGUUGGCCUCAAAAGUGUUUUACUUCUACUCCAAUAAAUUGUGCAAUGAUAGAAUUGUAGCAUAUACUCAUAUGCAUUUUGGGGUCAUACACACUUUUAAUUAUUUGUCAAUAUACUUUUUUUUAAGGAGCCAACCCUAUAAAAUUCCACAAAUUAUGUCGGUCAUAUGUCUUGAUUUCCAUACAGCACUCACCCAUCGGAUGAAUGUGGCAUAUUUAGCCAACCGACCCAUUUGUCAGUAUACUUUGAUAAGUAAACAUCUACUGUUUAA